AUGCCACCUACUCGGACCACCACCAACAAGACACCCCGUAAACCCGCCGCGCACCCCAUAGCUUCCUCGAGCAAACACACCCUCGACGCCAUACCUUCCGCUGACGUAACGGAGAGUAUCACAGCUGACUACGUGUACAAGGCAGUCACAGAGAGAAAGGGGUUGAAUGAAGAAGAAAGAUCUAGGUUAAUCCAUGAGCUUGUGGGCUUUCAACCUCGAAAAUUAUGCGACGAUAUAUCUGAAGUAGCUCGUCAGCAAGUGUAUGUGACCAUCAGUGCGAUUGAGUCUUGGGCGAGGGAAAAGUCGAAUCAUAAUCCGAAAUAUGAGACUGAGUUGAUCACCGGCUUGGUAGCACUUGAGACUCUCCUGGAAUCACAUGUAGAUAAAGCCUUCGACAAGUUUACUGCAUGGGUGUUAAGGAAUGCUUUUGAGUUUUCACCGGAGUUGGAGGUUGUUCUGCCAUGGCAAAAAGGUUUGGAUUUCCAACGAGGCGAAUACGUAGCGAACUUACCUAAAGGUCAAGAUACCCUUGACGAAAAUUUGGAUGAGAUGAGAUUGAAAGUCGAACAGGCCCGACUAUUAGCUCACAAGCUCGAUUUGGCAGAAGAGAAAUUAGAUAGACGAAUAAACAUAGCCAAACAACGCAAAGCAGAAGUAGGAUUUAUAAAACAAGUUAUUGAUUCUGCUGGAUUGAACUCACUUGAUACACCCGCACAACAAUUUCUACCUACCCUAUUAUCCCUACAGGAAUCACUCAAACCACUCGAGCCAUCUUCAUCCACGAUCGGUACCGGUAUGAAGAUUACGCCGAACCAACAUACCAAAGCUUGGGAAUUGGGUAGAUCAGCAUAUCUCAAUUGGGCGUUAGGUAAAGUUAUCCUUAACACUACCAGCAGCAGUACGAUACAGAGUGGUGAAGGUGGUGGUGGAGAUAAGUUGAUAGAUGUUGAGAGUGAGAUAAAGCAGGUCAUAGGUGAUGAGAAUAGCAAAGAAGAUGUAGAGAAGCUUUUAGGGAAUUUAUAA